AUGCCUCCGGCAGCGGCCACGAUGUUUUCUCGUCCAGAGGAAACCCCUAAUUUCUACAAGAUUAUGAAUCCGGUCUCUGAGAUCGUCACAAUCGACGUCGGCGGCCAAAUUUUCCAGACGACCCGGCAGACCUUGAGCCUCGCCGGUCCCAAAUCGCUCUUCUCCCAGCUCGCAGAGUCAACCGGACUCGCCCCUCGGUUCAUCGAUCGGGACCCGGAGCUUUUCUCCGUCCUACUUUCCCUCCUCCGUACCGGGAACCUUCCCUCAAAGGCUAAAGCUUUCGACGUCGAGGAUUUGGUCGAAGAGUCGAAAUUCUACAACAUCGAGUCACUUCUCGUCGAUGCUUUGUCUCACCAUUCUCAUUUCGAGGCAUUCAAUCUCGAGAAAUCGCUGCUUUUGCCGCUCAACGGCCGGGAUUCGCCGUCCACCGUCGCCACGACGCCGUUGGGGACACUGCACGUCGCUCACGGCAGCAAAAUCACGUCGUUCGAUUGGUCGCUGCGGAAGAAGGCGACGAUUCUCACUCAAUUCACAGCGAUGGAUUCCCUAUUGGCCAUCUCCCCAAGCUUGGCAGCCGCCGGAGCCACUGAUUUCUCCGGAUUGCAGAUCCUCGACAUGGAGAAGGGUUUCGUCAGGGAAACCCUAAACUGGGAAAACGUGACGAAGUCGGGGUCAACGGUUCAAGCAAUCGGGUCCUCUCCGGGUCUUCUGUUCUCGAGCUUUGAGUCCAGCCGAAGGAACUCGAAUUGCAUCAUGGUGUACGAUUUGCAGACUUUCUCGCCGGUGACGCAGAUAGGCCAUUACGAGAUAUUCGGCGCCAAUCUUGAUUCCGCAAUCCCUUCCACGAAAUUGCAAUGGGUGGAGAGCUACAACGUGGUAAUGGCAUCCGGGUCACAUUCUGGUCCGUCGGGCAGAUUGGGUAACAUCAAGUUGUGGGAUAUAAGGUCUGGUAAUGUGGUAUGGGAAUUGAAGGAGAAAGUCGAUUGCUUUUCUGAUAUUACUGUCUCUGAUAGCCUUUCUGCAAUCUUCAAAGUUGGGGCGAAUUCAGGGGAAGUGUCCUAUAUGGACUUGAGGAAAUUGGGUGAUGAGGAAUCUAGCAAAUGGGUUUGUGUUGGUGAUGAAAGGAAAGUUGGGAAUGUCAGGAAGGAAGGAGUUGGCUGCAAGAUUGAAGCUCAUGGAAACCAAGUGUUCUGCAGCAAAGAAGGCAAUAUAGAGCUUUGGUCUGAGAUUAUGAUGGGCAGCCGGAGAGCCAGCGAACGGUUGCCUGACCGAGUGUUUAGGAAGAAUUUGAUGGGGAGAGUGAAGGACAUGGGAGGUGCAAGGAUAACCAAUCUGGGUUUUGGAGGGAAUAAAAUGUUUGUUACUCGUAAAGAUCAGCAAUCUGUUGAGGUCUGGCAGAGUUCUGCCAAGGGAUUUUGA